UCACUUGUCAGUCAAGCUGUUCAGGGAAAAUUGCGCAGCAGCUUUUUUUUUUCUCUUUCUUUUUUUUUGCUUUAAAGUUGAAGCAGAACCGCGCAAGAAAACAUGAAUCAGCUAGAGGCGACAGCGAUGAGCCCUGUUGUUUUGCCGGCUGCAUGGGUCCGUUUCGCGGGUUGGUACGCUGCGGGCAGCGGAAAGUGGUUCCGAGAGCCCUGUAAUCUUUUUAUUAGAGUCGCUGCACGGCAGUCGACAUUCGACAAAGGUACAGUACCAAGAGUAGAUUGUUUCAAUCGGGAGACAAGGAGGGUUCCAGGCCGAUUAGAUAAGGUCUUGUAACGUUAUCGAAGAGUGGGGGGUCGCUGCAUUAAUUGGCUCACCGAGGCAUGACACCCCACAAGACGCCAACUUUGCAUGAGCCGCCAAGACGACCUUGCGGCGUUGCUCGCAACUUGGACGAUAAAAAACUGAACGAGAAAAAAUGCCAGCACCAGUUGGCGUUGGCGUCAAACGGAAACGCGACGCGGCCGAUACAGAGGUCGCAUCAGAUGUACAGUACUCAACAUCAAUUGAGAAUGAUUCUCUCAAAAUUCCUAGCGCGGCAGCGACCGCGACGGUGAAGGAUCAUGGGUCUGCGGGGUACAAAGAGCAACAGCAGGAGCAAAUACCUAAAAAUGACUCCUACUACCGCAACCUUUAUCGUCACGAGAUUGACUUUCGAGAAAUGGGGACUCAAGAUCCCGAUUUCAAGGCUGUCUUGAAGCGCAAUGGCCAGCUUGACUUUAGCGAUCCCAAGGCCGUCAUGCAGCUCACAAAGUCCUCACUGAAACUGCAUUUUGGUCUAGAGAUGGAAUUACCUGAUGAUCGCCUAUGUCCUCCCGUCCCAAAUCGCCACAACUACAUUCUAUGGCUCAAAGACCUCCUCGAUUCAAGCUCGUAUUGUCCACCAGGUGGUAAACUGACAGGCCUUGAUAUCGGUACCGGUGCAAGCUGCAUUUAUCCUUUACUCGGAUGCACUCAACGGCCUUGGGAGUUUAUUGCAACAGACGUCGACAAAAAGAGCCUGUCGUACGCAGAGAAGAACAUUGCCGCCAACAACCUCUCGGACCGGAUCAAGCUCGUCCCUCGCCCGGAUCCAGCGACAUCUCCGCUGAUCCCGCUCGACGAGCUGAAAAUCGACGCCAUUGACUUUGUAAUGACCAACCCGCCAUUUUACGAAUCAGAAAAGGAACUCCUCACGCUGGCAGCACAAAAGGAACUCCCGCCUUCGACUGCCUGCACCGGCGCCCCCGUAGAGAUGGUGCACCUGGCGGGCGGCGAGGUCGGCUUCGUCACGCGGAUCCUGGACGAGUCUCUUGUCCUGAGGGAGAGGGUGCGCUGGUACACGAGCAUGCUGGGCAAGCUGUCGAGCCUCGAGGUGCUGGUUGAGACGUUGAGGGACAGAGGAGUGACAAACUACGCCGUCACCGAGUUCGUCCAGGGGACCAAGACGAAACGCUGGGCCGUGGGGUGGAGCUUUGGCGGGAUGAGGGCGGGACAGGCUGCCGCCAGGGGGAUGGCGCAGCUGGCUUGGAGAAAGGUCCUUCCCGCGCCAGUGGAAGUUGAGAUUGGGGCUUUGGGGGUGAGCAAGGCUGGGGAGGUGGCUGGAAAUAUCGACGCGCUGAUGCACGGCUUGGAGCUGGAGAGCUGGGGCUGGGACAAGCAGGAGCUGAAAGGGGUUGCCAGAACGAGGGAGAAUGUCUGGGGCAGGGCGUGGAGGAGACGAAAGGCGAGGGAGAAGGAUGGUGUGGGAGAAGCGAGUGUUGGGGCUGCCGAAAGGGACAGGCCGCUUUCUGGAUUUGAGGUUGCCAUGACUGUUGGCAGGAGUCAAGCCGUGGUGGUGUGUCGGUGGCGUGAGGGUCACGACGAGGCCAUUUUUCAAAGCUUUUGCGGGUUUUUGAAAACGAGACUUGAGCUGGGGGUGGCGACGUAGCAAGAGGAAAGUGAAGACAGAAGCAAUUUUUUGACAUGGACAAACAAAGGGUCUUUGUUUGAGGGUGUUGAGUGACAAUGAGACCUGCAGCAACGACACGGAACAUGUGGGAUCUGGCAACAGUUGCUUGCUUUGAGACUCUCGACCGAGUUUAGUGUUUUGGAUGAUUCGAUCAUUAAUUUCUCUCAAGGCCUUGCCAGGAUUCAAUCUUGAGUCUAUUGUCAAUAGCGCUGCUUGGUGUUGGGGUACUUUAUCACAUUCGGUUCGAGCUUUGGUUUUGAAUGUUUCGAUUGGCACCAUAAACCUUCGACGCCUUAUGUCUAUAUUCUUUUAGUCUAUCGCGCCUACAUUCCAAAGUAGGUGGUUGCAAUUUUGGGUUCCCAUAUUGGACGUACUUUUAUUAUUUUAUCUUAUCCGUUUCAGCUGCCAA